AUGGAGCUUCAGAGCGCCACCACUGGCCUUCCUGGCCCUCUGUCACCUGGACCCCUGUCCCCGUCCUCGGAGUAUGCAGGCCCCCUGUCCCCUUCAUCUGGGGGGCCGGGCCCCUCCCACACCACCAGCCCUGGUCGGGGUGCGAGCCCCAGCCUCAGCCCCAUCAGGGGGUCCAGCCCCAGCCCUGGAUUCUCGGGCCAGGCCGCCUUCAACUAUAACCAGCUGGAGGGGAGGUUCAAACAGCUUCAAGAUGAGCGUGAGGCGGUGCAGAAGAAGACCUUCACCAAGUGGGUCAACUCCCACCUGUCUAGAGUGUCCUGUCGGAUCACUGACCUCUACAUGGACCUGAGGGAUGGACGGAUGCUCAUCAAGCUGCUGGAGGUUCUGUCUGGAGAGAGACUGCCCAAACCCACCAAAGGUCGGAUGCGAAUCCAUUGUCUGGAGAACGUGGACAAAGCUCUGCAGUUCCUGAAGGAGCAGAGGGUUCACCUGGAGAACAUGGGGUCACAUGACAUCGUGGACGGAAACCACCGCCUGACGCUGGGUCUGAUCUGGACCAUCAUCCUCCGCUUCCAGAUCCAGGACAUCAGCGUGGAGACGGAGGACAACAAGGAGAAGAAGUCGGCUAAAGAUGCUCUGCUGCUCUGGUGUCAGAUGAAGACGGCCGGAUAUCCCAACGUCAACAUCCACAACUUCACCACCAGCUGGAGGGACGGGAUGGCCUUUAACGCCCUCAUCCACAAACACAGACCUGACCUGAUCGACUUCGAUAAGUUGAAGAAAUCCAAUGCCCAUUACAACCUGCAGAAUGCCUUCAACCUGGCCGAACAGCACCUGGGCCUUACCAAGCUCCUGGACCCGGAAGAUAUCAGCGUGGACCAUCCAGAUGAGAAGUCCAUCAUCACCUACGUGGUGACGUACUACCACUACUUCUCCAAGAUGAAGGCGCUGAAGGUUGAGGGCAAGAGAAUUGGAAAGGUUUUGGACAACGCCAUCGAGACUGAGAAGAUGAUCGAGAAGUACGAGUCUCUGGCCUCAGACCUGCUGGAGUGGAUCGAACAGACCAUCAUCAUCCUCAACAACAGGAAGUUUGCCAACUCUCUGGUGGGCGUCCAGCAGCAGCUCCAGGCCUUCAACACCUACCGCACCGUUGAGAAACCGCCAAAAUUCACAGAGAAGGGAAACCUGGAGGUUCUUUUAUUCACCAUCCAGAGUAAGAUGAGGGCAAACAACCAGAAGGUUUAUACUCCCCGAGAAGGAAAACUCAUCUCUGACAUUAACAAGGCAUGGGAGCGUCUGGAGAAGGCGGAGCAUGAACGGGAGCUGGCUUUGAGGACUGAGCUGAUUCGUCAGGAGAAACUGGAGCAGCUCGCCCGACGCUUUGACCGAAAAGCGGCGAUGAGAGAAACGUGGCUCAGUGAAAACCAGAGGCUCGUCUCCCAGGAUAACUUUGGCUUUGACCUUCAGGCAGUUGAAGCUGCAACUAAGAAACAUGAAGCAAUAGAAACUGAUAUCGCCGCCUACGAGGAGCGAGUUCAGGCGGUGGUUGCCGUGGCAAAGGAGCUGGAGGCGGAGAGUUACCAUGACAUCAAACGCAUCACGGCCAGGAAGGACAACGUGAUCCGGCUGUGGGAGUAUCUGCUGGAGCUGCUGAAGGCCCGUCGACACAGGCUGGAGCUGAACCUGGGUCUGCAGAGGGUCUUCCAGGAGAUGCUCUACAUCAUGGACUGGAUGGACGAAAUGAAGAUGAUGCUGCUUUCUCAGGAUUAUGGGAAACAUCUGCUGGGUGUGGAAGACCUGCUGCAGAAACAUGCCCUUGUGGAGGCUGACAUUGGCAUCCAGGUCGACCGCGUCCGGAACGUCAACAGCAACGCACAGAAGUUUGCAAACGACACAGAUGGUUAUAAACCGUGUGAUCCGCAGAUCAUCAGGGAUCGCGUUGCUCACCUGGAGUUCUGUUACCAGGAGCUGAGUCAGCUGGCCGCUGAGCGACGUGCUCGUCUGGAGGAGUCACGGCGCCUCUGGAAGUUCUUCUGGGAAAUGGCUGAAGAGGAGGGUUGGAUCAGAGAGAAGGAACAGAUCCUGUCCCUAGAGGAUUAUGGGAAGGACCUGACAGGUGCAGUUCGACUGCUGAGUCAGCACAAAGCUUUCGAAGACGAGAUGAGCGGGCGAGCUGCCCACCUGCAGCAGACCAUCAAACAGGGCGAGGAGCUGGUGGCCAAUAACCACUUUGGAGCCGACAAGAUUAAAGAGCGAAUCCAGGACAUCCAGGAUCAGUGGGCGGCGCUGGAGCGUCUGUCUGCUGUUCGGAAAGCUCGUCUCCAGGAAGCCUGUAACCAGCACCAGUUCCAGGCGGAUGCAGAUGACAUCGACACCUGGAUGCUGGACGUGUUGCGGAUUGUCUCCAGUGUCGAUGUCGGGCAUGACGAGUUCUCUACUCAGACUCUGGUAAAGAAACACAAAGAUGUGGCCGAGGAGAUCGCCAGUUACCGACCAGUCAUCGAAGCUCUGCACGAACAGUCACGGACACUGCCGGAGGAGAAGGCCAACUCUGAGGAGGUUCAGAGCCGCCUGGCCGGCAUUGAGGAGCGUUACAAGGAGGUGGUGGAGCUGACUCGGCUCCGGAAACAGGCCCUGCAGGACGCACUGGCGCUCUAUAAGAUGCUGAGUGAAGCCAACGCCUGCGAGGUGUGGAUCGACGAGAAGGAGCAGUGGCUCAACAGUAUGGCGAUCCCCGAGAAACUGGAGGACCUGGAGGUGAUCCAGCACAGAUUUGAGAGUUUGGAGCCAGAGAUGAACAACCAGGCAUCCCGGGUUGCUGUGGUGAACCAGGUUGCCAGGCAACUGAUCCACAGCGGACAUCCCAGUGAGAAGGAAAUCAAAGCCCAACAGGACAAACUGAACACCAGGUGGAGUCAGUUCAGAGACCUGGUGGACCAGAAGAAGGAUAGCCUGAACUCGGCUCUGGGCAUCCAGAACUACCACCUGGAGUGCAACGAGACCAAGUCUUGGAUCAAAGAAAAGACAAAGGUGAUUGAGUCGACCCAGGAGCUGGGGAACGACCUGGCCGGCGUCAUGGCUCUGCAGAGGAAGCUGACUGGAAUGGAGCGCGACCUCGCCGCCAUCGAAGACAAACUGGGUGACCUGGGAAAAGAGGCGGAGCGUUUAACCUCCGAACACCCAGAGCAGUGUGAGGCCAUCAAGGGCCGUCUGGCUGAGAUCACCGGCGUCUGGGAUGAGAUGAAGGAUACCAUGAAGAACCGUGAGGAGUCCCUGGGUGAGGCCAGUAAGCUGCAGCAGUUCCUCCGUGACCUGGACGACUUCCAGUCUUGGCUGUCGCGGACUCAGACGGCGAUCGCCUCCGAGGACAUGCCCAACACUCUGGCCGAGGCCGAGAAGCUGCUGGUUCAACACGAGGGGAUCAAGAAUGAGAUCCGCAACUAUGAGGAAGACUAUCAGAAAAUGCGGGACAUGGGUGAGAUGGUGACGCAGGGCCAGACGGAUGCUCAGUACAUGUUCCUCAGACAGAGGCUGCAGGCGCUCGACACCGGCUGGAAUGAGCUGCACAAGAUGUGGGAGAACCGGCAGAACCUGCUGUCCCAGUCCCACGCCUACCAGCUGUUCCUCAGGGACACCAAACAGGCCGAUACCUUCCUCAACAACCAGGAGUACGUCCUGGCCCACACAGAGAUGCCCACCACCCUGGAGGGGGCCGAGGCCGCCAUCAAGAAGCAGGAGGACUUCAUGACCACCAUGGACGCCAAUGAGGAGAAGAUCGGUGCCGUGGUGGAUGCUGGACGCCGCUUGGUAUCCGAUGGUAACAUCAAUGCAGAACGCAUCCAGGAGAAGGUGGACUCCAUCGACCAGAGACACAAGAAGAACAGAGAAGCUGCCAGUGAGCUGUUGGCGAGGCUGAAGGACAACAGAGACCUGCAGAAGUUCCUACAGGACUGUCAGGAGCUCUCCUUGUGGAUCAAUGAGAAGAUGCUUACUGCUCAGGACAUGUCAUAUGACGAGGCUCGGAACCUCCACAGCAAAUGGCUGAAACACCAGGCCUUCAUGGCCGAGCUGCAGUCCAACAAAGAGUGGCUGGAGAAGAUCGACAAGGAUGGGCAGACACUUAUGGCAGAGAAACCAGAGACAGAGGCCAUGGUGAAGGAGAAGCUGGCGUCCCUGAAGACCAUGUGGCAGGACCUGGAGUCCAACACUCAGACCAAGGCCAAGUGUCUGUUUGAUGCCAACAAGGCCGAGCUGUUCACACAGAGCUGUGCUGACCUCGACAAAUGGCUGGACAGUCUGGACGGACAGCUACAGUCUGACGACUACGGCAAAGACCUCACCUCUGUCAACAUCCUGCUGAAGAAACAGCAGAUGCUAGAGAGCCAGGUGGAGGUGCGUCAGAAGGAGGUGGAGGAGCUUCAGAAACAGUCUCAGGCCUUGAGCCAGGAAGGAAAAGGCUCGGAGGAGGUGGACGGCCAGAGGAUCAGUGUAGAGACCAAGUUCCAGAUGCUCCAGGCGCCGCUGCAGAAGAGACGGGACAAUCUCAUGGCCUCCCGCGAGAUCCACCAGUUCAACAGGGACGUGGAGGAUGAAAUCUUGUGGGUGGAGGAGAGGAUGCCUCUGGCCACAUCGACCGACCACGGACACAACCUGCAGACUGUCCAGCUGCUCAUCAAAAAGAACCAGACCCUGCAGAAGGAGAUCCAAGGCCACCAGCCUCGUUACGACGACAUCUUCGAGCGCAGCCAACACGUUCUGAGAGACGGCAGCCCGACUGCUGAGCUGAUUCGCCAGCGUCUCGGCGAGCUCCAGUCAUUAUGGGAACAGAUUCGGAAAGAAACAGAGAACAGGCACAACCGGCUCAGCGAGGCCCACAAGGCCCAGCAGUACUACUUCGACGCCGCUGAGGCAGAGGCCUGGAUGAGCGAACAAGAGCUCUACAUGAUGUCAGAGGAGAAGGCCAAGGAUGAGCAGAGUUCAGUGGCCAUGUUGAAGAAGCAUCAGAUCUUGGAACAGGCAGUGGAGGAUUACGCUGACACCGUCCAUCAGCUGUCUAGCACCAGCAGAGUCCUGGUGGCUGCCGGACACCCGGACAGCGAACGUAUUGGGAUGCGUCAGUCGCAGGUGGAUAAGCUGUACGCCGGCCUCAAGGAUUUGUCAGAGGAGCGUCGGGGGAAGCUGGAUGAGCGUUUCCGUCUCUUCCAGCUCAACAGGGAGGUGGAUGACUUGGAGCAGUGGAUCGCAGAGAGGGAGGUGGUGGCUGGGUCACAUGAGCUGGGACAGGACUACGAACACGUCACUAUGCUGCAGGAGCGUUUCAGAGAAUUCGCUCGAGACACUGGAAACAUUGGUCAGGAGCGCGUGGAUGGUGUCAACCGUCAGGCCGACGAGCUGAUCAACACCGGCCACGGAGAUGCUGCCACCAUCGCAGAGUGGAAGGACGGCCUGAACGAGGCCUGGGCCGACCUGCUGGAGCUCAUCGACACUCGCACACAGAUUCUCGCCGCCUCCUACGAGCUCCACAAGUUCUACCACGACGCCAAGGAGAUCCUGAACCGCAUCCUUGACAAACACAAGAAGCUGCCCGAGGAGCUGGGCCGGGACCAGAACACGGUGGAGACCCUUCAGAGGAUGCACACCACCUUCGAACAUGACAUCCAGGCUCUGGGGACACAGGUGCGGCAGCUUCAGGAGGAUGCUGUCCGUCUGCAGUCUGCAUAUGCUGGAGAUAAAGCUGAUGACAUCCAGAAGAGAGAAGGAGAGGUCCUGGAGGCCUGGAAAAACCUCCUGGAGGCGGUGGAGGGUCGGCGGGUGAAGCUGGUCGACACUGGAGACAAGUUCCGCUUCUUCAGUAUGGUCCGAGACCUGAUGCUGUGGAUGGAGGACGUCAUCCGUCUGAUCGAGGCCCAGGAGAAGCCCAGGGACGUGUCGUCAGUGGAGCUGCUGAUGAACAACCACCAGGGCAUCAAGGCAGAGAUCGACGCCCGCAACGACAGCUUUACGACCUGCAUCGAACUGGGAAAAGCACUGCUGGCUAGAAAACACUACGCUUCAGAUGAGAUUAAAGAGAAGUUACUACAGUUGACAGACAAGAGAAAAGACAUGAUUGACAAGUGGGAGGACAGAUGGGAGUGGCUUAGAUUAGUGCUGGAGGUGCAUCAGUUCUCCCGGGACGCAGGCGUGGCCGAGGCGUGGCUGCUGGGCCAGGAGCCCUACCUGUCCAGCAGGGAGAUGGGACAGAGCGUGGACGAGGUGGAGAAGCUCAUCAAACGCCACGAGGCCUUCGAGAAGUCGGCCGCCACCUGGGAGGAACGCUUUGCUGCACUGGAGAGGCUGACCACGAUGGAGUUACUGGAAGUGAGAAGAAGGCAAGAGGAGGAGGAGAGGAGGAGACAACCCCCCACCACUGAGGCUCCGCCCACUGAUGCUGCAGCACGGGAGGGUGAGCCGGCGUCUCAGAACGGGCUUCCGUCCGAUCAGGAGUCACCCAGGGACAACGUGGAGGGGGGCGAGGUGGUGAAUGGGGUGUCGGAGCCCAGCCCUGCAGGGUCCCCCGGGGCGUCUCGUAAGGCCAAAGCCAGCCAGGCGGCGACCCUGCCGGCCAAGAGCCAGCAGGACACGCCCACAUCACAACUGGAGGGCUUCCUGCACCGCAAACAUGAGUGGGAGGGGCAUAACAAGAAGGCUUCAAGCAGGUCAUGGCACAACGUGUACUGUGUGAUCAACCAGCAGGAGAUGGGAUUCUAUAAGGACCAGAAAAGCGCCAGUCAGGGGAUCCCCUACCACAGCGAGAUCCCCAUCAGCCUCAAGGACGCCGUAUGUGAGGUGGCCACAGACUACAAGAAGAAGAAACACGUCUUUAAGCUCAAAAUCACUGACGGGAACGAGUAUCUCUUCCAAGCCAAAGAUGAUGAGGAGAUGAACACAUGGAUCUCGGCCAUAACGUCCGCCAAGUCGGGCGAGAAAUCGGACGUGACGCCCAGCAGCCAUAGCACGCCGGCACCGGGCGCACGUGCUCAGACGCUGCCGGCCUCCGUCGCCACGGCAACAGCAGAGUCAAGCCCGGGGAAAAGAGAGAAAGACAAGGAGAAACGCUUCAGUCUAUUCAGCAAGAAGAAAUAGACGCUCUUCCUUCCCUCCCUCCUCCUCCUCCUCCUCCUCCUCCUUCAUCCUCCCUCUGGUGCUGUUUGGGCUCCUCCCUCAUUUCUGAUCGGGCUUCGGUCAAAUGUUUGAUGAUGUCCGCGUCUACCGACCCCAGCUCUGAUCUAGAGUCCACUUGUAGCAUCUGAUACUGUCGUAAAAUCUAAUCAAGUUAACGUAGAACUAAAUUUGACCGUGAUUUGGCGUCUUACACAAUUAACCUUUAAAAACAUAAUACCUCUGUUUAAUGGUGAAAAGGCUGCGUGCGACCAGAUGUCAUUCAUAUUUGGACUUGUUCAACAGUUGCCUAUACUUUCGAUGUCACCGCGUCACAGGAAAAUCUCCCAAACAGCUCCUCUUCCUUUCUUCCUUCCUCCCUCCUCCCUCUUCUUCCUCUUCCUCCUCUUCCUCUUUGAAAAGCGUGACUCCAGCAUGAAGCUCCGAGCCAAAACUCUCCACUCUGUGCCUAUCAACCGUCCGGCUCAGAGCGACAGUAACUACCACCUCCUGUAUCCUCUGUUCAGUUUUUGUAAGAUAAGGAGCAGGAAAAACCGAUGGGGAAAAAAAAAAAAAAAGAUCUGAUUUAGGAAAAAUAUUAAUGGGGUCUGCAAACGCUUCAGGCAGCUGCUGUCAUCUAAGAAAACCCAGAGUUUGCCGCUGAACAACAACACCACGUAGAGGAGUUCCCAGAAUAUCCCACUUAUUAUCUUUAAUGCUAUUAUUUGUGUUUUCUAUCUCCUCUUGUGUUUUCUGCUUUCUCAUCACCCCGCCUACUACUAUUACUACUACUACUGCCUUUGUGGGUUUGUGUUUACGCUCCCUGCAGACGCCUCAGUUUUUGUUACUUUUCUUGUUUUGUUUCGGUUUGUUCUUCUUUUCUUUUAUUUCACAGUUGUAGGUAGUUUCGUUUAGGGUCCAUCCUCAGUUUUUUGCGAGGCCUUGUCUUUGCAAGAUGACGUGUAUCCCUCUGUAGUAGGGAAACCUGAGAGCACAGCAGGGUAAACCUCUGAAAAUCACACCUACAAUUUGAGAUCCAGUGUCAGAAAAUAGAUUAAAAAAAAAAAAAGUCUGAAGGCAUGUUGUAAAAAUUGCUAAAGGUUCUGAAAAUGGUGAAUGUUCAAGAGCAGAAACUUAACCUAAAGUACAACACAACUUCUGCUUUUGGGAAACAACCCUAGUUAUGCACUGAAUUAUUUUCUGUCACCAUAGUAACCACCAGUAAAAGGACAACUGCAGUUAUUCGCUUUGAUUUUGGUGCUGUCUAAUUCCUGAAGCAUCACUUGUAAACCAAGGUGUGGCUGUCAUUUGGAGCAUUACCCUGCAGUGUUUUGAACUGUAUGUAUAACUUGUGUAUAACAAACUGUUAAAAAAUAAACCUGUGUUUAAUUUCACUUAUUAUUACUGCUACUAAUAAGACCUACCAACCGUAAUAAGCUUCAUUUGACUAUAACUCUCUUUACAAAAACAACCUAACAAUAUGUACACUUAACAAAUCUGAAUGAAGGCGUCGCUGAGUUCGCCUCAGCGGAGAAUAAAUAAACUAAGACCAGUAAGAAUGUUCGAUAACUUUAAAGCAUCCAGUAAGGUUUAUUUUUACUGUCUUUUACGUAUUUGAAACAUUUACUUCUGCCCAUAGUUACUUGGAAAAAUGUUUUGUUUCCUCCUGUAUGUAUUUUCUGUUCCACAGUUAAGCUAUGUCUAAGGUUUAUUUAGUCCAACAAGUAUGGAGACGUAGAUGUACUAUAAAAACAAAAAUUACUUUCAAGCAUUGCUGUUUAAAUGGAAAAGUUGGUUCUAAAAAGCAUUUACUGGAAGUGAGUCGUGUAAUGAUAAUGGUCGCUUGCUUGUUGGCUUCAGCACUCCAUGUUGAAGAUUAUUAGACUUUUGCCACCAGCGGCUGCAGUGAAGGCUGUUCAGUUUCUUCUAAUGUUGGAGCCUUUGGUGACCAAACCAGGAGCACCAGUGGAAGACAAAGCCCAGUCUGAUCAAAUAUGUGGGUGUUUUUCAUCUGCAGCGUAUGUUAGGUCAGACCUACGUUUACUGUUAUGCAAAACUGAAAUAUGUAGAAAACAUUUAUAUUUUGACCAAACCUUAAGUCUGGAUUUAAGUCUUUGCAAUAAGGUUGAAAAAAUUAGAACACUGCUGUUCAUGUUAUUCGAACAUUUUAAUGCUGUUAGUUUUGGCAUUAAUAGACUUCCACACAAGUGGAAGGAAAAACACAUGGACACUCAGAUUAAAAUAUGGUUCAUUUUUUAUCUGAACUUGGUGUUGGUCCAGUGAGCUUCAGUUCAGUCUGAAACAUUUCAGGUUCUGCAGCCGUUUCAAACAUGAUGUUGGGUUUUAUUUAGUAGAAAGUUCAUGGAUCUUCAGUUACUAAAAUAAUAAACAAAGAACACGUUAAAUGGAAGUCCACGUUGUAACCCCCGUGAAACGGCAAACAAGAUCUGGAUGAAAAAAACAGAACCAGUAGAUUUCCAGUGUUCCCGUGAAUGAGAACAGGUACAGAUGUCCACACAGUUCGGUCACCCACAGACUCCAGACUGGGUUUUGUUUUCUGCUCAAAGACUUUACAGGAACUGAAACCCUUCACUGGGUGGCUGGCUCCUGUUACUUUUUUCUUUUCGCUCCAUUCUCUGGCGAUUUGAUCAAUAUAGUGUGCAUUCCUCUGUCACUGUAACCAUAGUAACAAGAUAUUCAUAUUGCACAAUCAAAAAUGCCACGAUGGGGGGUGGGCGGGUAGACGGGGGGGUUGUGGGUGGGUGUGGGCGGGGCCUGGGUUUGUAGGUCAGGUAGUUGGUGUGAUGUGGACCAGGGGUCACUGCUAGUCGGAUCUGCACCUGUAGACUUCCCCCUCUCUGUUACAUAUGUGCAAAAAGCCAUUAAAAUGCUUUUAAAACGAA